AUGGAGAAGCUUCUUCUGAGUCUCCUAUUCCUUACCACUGUCACAGGACAUAAGACACAUUCAGAUAUGAAAGGGAAGGUGUUUAUUUUCCCCCAGGAAUCCGCUACAGCCUACGUGUCCUUGAUUCCCAGGGUGCACAAGCCACUGCAGAACUUCACUCUGUGCCUGAAGGCCUUCACGGACCUCAGCCGUUCUUACAGCCUUUUCUCCUACAACACUCGGACCCAGGAGAAUGCACUUCUUCUCUUCGUCAAGAAAGUGGGAGUGUACGAACUAUAUAUUGGAAAUUCUUGGGUGACUUUCAAUGCCCCCCCAUCUCCUUAUAGCCCAGUGCAUGUCUGCACAAGCUGGGAGUCUGCCUCUGGGAUUGCUGAACUCUGGGUGAAUGGGAAACUCCUGGGGAGGAAGGGUGUGAGGAAGGGGUACACUGUGGGGUUGGAUGCUAAGAUUAUCCUGGGACAAGAGCAGGAUUCCUUUGGUGGAAAGUUUGACAUAGCUCAGUCCCUUGUUGGGGAGAUUUGGGAUGUCACCUUGUGGGAUCACGUGCUCCCUCUAAAGGACAUGUGUGACUCAUGUUACAGUGGAAACAUCUUGAACUGGCAGGACCUGACUUAUGAGGAAAAUGGCUAUGUGGUGACUAAGCCCAAGGUGUGGGCUUAG